AUGACGACACUGGCAUCCAUCGCGCCCGUAUCCAUUCAUUCCCGCGCUGGUCAUCGCGAGACUCGAGCCCGCUCGCUCCGACCGGCUGUCCGCGCAUCCCCGAGGAGGAACAAGGGGGUUGUCAUCUGCGAAGCUGCUGCUGACAAGGAUUUCGCGUGUCGCGUCGCCUCCCUCGCCGCCGCAAUCGCCGUCGUGGCGUACGAACCGCUCCCCGCGAUCGCCGCUUUCGGCCAGUCCACCAUCGAGCUGAGCAACAUCACCUACACCGUGGUGGAGUGCCCCACGGGUAAGCGUUCCAUGACGCAAGGCAAACCGGCUUGCCUCCUUGUCAAAGCCGACAGCGUCAACCCUUCCAAGGAGACGGUUUACAACGCGGACGUGUUCGGGAGGGUCACGGACAAAGGGGGAGACAACGCGCUGGACAACGACGCCGCAUCGGAUGCAGGAAGGAUAGCCAACAUCGCGGAGGUUCCGCCGGGUAACGGGACGGUAUCCUUCAACAUAUCGGUGGCGGCGCAAUCAGCCGAGCUCGGCUUGAACUUCAGGGGGUUCAAGGCGAGGUCGUAUCCGGGAGGGGCGUUCGGGGGCAACUCGCCGCUGUUGGGCAUCGUGGAGGAGGGAUGCGACAUAUACGCGGACCUGGAGUGCGCGGAUAGGUACCUCGGGAAGUGA